CCCCUACCCAGCGCUUGCUUCCUCCGGCUCGGCAGACUCCGGCUCCAUCCAUUUCGUAGGCUUAGUGUAGUUCACCGGCAAGCUCUCCGGUUUGAUAUUUGACUGAAACUUUGUCUCUGACUGUCGAAAUCACCAAAAUGGCUGUUGCGGAGAAGAGGCCUCUUAGUGAUAAUGUUUUCAGCACCAAACAUAUUAUUACGGACAUUGAAGGGACGACCACAUCCAUCAGUUUUGUCAAGGAUACUUUGUUUCCGUAUGUGCGUCAAAAUCUUGAUGGGUACCUGAAAUCUCAGUGGAGUGACGAAGAAUUCAAGGAUGUACUUGGAUUGCUCAGAGAUCAGGCUGAUGAAGAUAAGAAGGCUGAAUUGGAAGGAGUUGUUGAAAUUCCAAAGGAGGGUUCUGAAGAUGACAUCAGAGCUGCUGUUGCUAAGAAUGUCCUUUGGCAAAUGGAUGCUGAUAGGAAGACAACUGCUUUGAAGAAACUGCAGGGGCAGAUGUGGCGUCAGGGGUACAAAAAUGGAGAGCUAAAGGGGCAUCUGUUUUCAGAUGUUGCCCCUGCACUCCGAGAAUGGGCUAAGGAUGGGAGGAAACUGUAUGUAUACUCCUCAGGAAGUGUAGAGGCACAGAAGCUCCUGUUCGGCAAUUCAACAGAAGGGGAUCUGACAGAGUUGUUUACAGACUACUUUGACACUGCAGUUGGUGCCAAGGUUGAAGUAGAAAGCUACAAGAAUAUUGUUAAGAAACUAGACUGCAAUGCUGAUGAUGUACUUUUCCUGACUGAUCUACCAAAGGAGGCCUCUGCGGCCCGUGAAGCUGGUUUGCCUGUCCUUUUGGUGGAGAGAGAAGGCAAUGAACCUCUAUCAAGUGAUCUACACAAAGAAUACCCUUCAGUUUCCUCCUUUGACCAAGUAUCAUUUGAAACUGUGAGCAAGAAACACAAAGCUGAAGAGGACACCGAAAAUGAAACCUCAAGCAAGAAAUUGAAAGUUGAUGAGGACUCCAAAGAAGAAAACACGACCAAGGCGCCGGAAGAUGAGGAACUGGAGGAAGAAACCAAGCCUGCUGAAAAAGAUUCUGCAUCCAUGGAUGUGGAUGUGGAAUCGGCUGUGGGUAAAGAUGUAGAAGUGACAGAAUCAGAAGUCAAGACUGAUGCGAUGGAUGUUGACAAGCCAUCAGAAGAGCCAAAAAUAGAGGAAAGUACCAAGGCUCAAACAGUUGAUGAUAAGACUGUUCAAAGUCAUGAAAAUAGUGGUGUUGAAAAGUCUGAAGAAAAUGCGGCUAAGACUGAGGUGGCUGUGAUGAAUGAAGAAAAUGGCUCUGUUGAAGAGACCAAGUCAAAACAAGAUAUUGAUGAUUCCAAGGCUGUAGAAGUCGACAAAAAAUCUAAUGCUGAAGAAUCGCAGGGAGUUUCAGCAAAUGGAGAUUUAUCUGAAAGCUCUACUAAUGAAGUCAAUCCCGCGGUAGAGGAAAAAGAAAAGCCCUUAGAGGAAGUUCCUGUGAUUGAGAAAGCAGAAGUUAAAGAAAAGACUGAAGUCCCUCAAGAAAAGACUGAAGAGAGGGAUGUUGAAAAAAUGGAGACUGACUGUGAAAACAAGCUACCCAAAGAAGACUCAAAGACUGAUGUAGUUGUGGAAGCAUCUGCUGUCUUGAGCGAACUGAAAAAAGACAAUGCCGAGAAACCUGAAGAUGUUAAAGUAGAAGAAGCAAAUGAUAAGAAAGAUUCUGUGAUGGAAGUCACUGGUCAAGAUAAAGAAGAAAAUGAUCAGAAGAUGGAGAGCACUGAAGUCAAAACCUCCUCAGCCAUUGAAGUAUCUGCUGAGAAUCAAAAUAAGUCUGAGAAGGCUGCUGAGGAAGAAGGACAUGUGUCUAAAGAACUGAAUGGUGAGGCUAAUGGCAAUGGCAAUGUUGAGGCCAAUGGAGAUGCCAAUGGAGAGACCAAACAGGUUGCUGAAAAAGAGAAUGGAGAGAAAGAGAAGAUAAAUGGAUCUGCUAAUGGUAAGGAUGCUGAAACAAAUGGUAAGGUUUCCAAUGGCAAUAGUAAUGGGCAUAGUGAGGAGAAGGAUCUCCCAGAAGUGAUUGUCACCAAGAAUGCAGCCCAGAUUGAAAAUGGAAGCGGUGAUGCUGCUGUGGUAGUGGAGGCUUAGAUUUGACUUUUUUUUUUCUUAAUGUAACAGUUCCUUCCCAGGUUACUUAUGGGCCACCCAUGACAUUUUAAUUAGCUUUUUGUACUUAGUAGGCUGCUGAUCUGCUUCUAAAAAUUAAGAGAACAAGAGCAAAUAUUAGUGUGCCAAAAUUGUGAAGUUUGUCUUCAUAUCAAGUGGUAUUUUGAUCAACACUGAGCGCGAAAUCUGUGUUUAGUAUUACACAUCAUGUAGUAUAUAUAAAUUAAUCUUAAUUUGUAACGUUCAAGCUGGACCUAUACAGGUGGUAUGGUCCCUUUCAAGGUGCUUUUGUCUUUAGUCCUUUCUAAUUGAUACCAGUAUUAUCUUCAGACUGAAGUUUUUAUUUUAUCAACAGACUGCUUUCCUCCCCUUGCUGACUGUGAUUAUCAACGCCUAUGCUGCAACAACAUUGUUCUAUUCUAAAGUCAGUUGCUGUCAUAUUUUAUUCUUAGGGUUUUUUGGGGAGUUAGUUGUAAUGUUAUUUUAUGUCAAAUGAACUAGGUUUAAGGCACCCAAUUUCCUGUAUAUGUACCGCUUGAUCGUCAAUUUUGUGUAAGUUAUCAAUCAUUCCAGUUGCACUUGCACUGGAGGGAUUUGAUUUCUUUGUAUUUAAUAUUUUACAUGCGGUUAUUUAUUGUCUUACCACCUUAUAUGGUUGUGGUAUUUGUAGGGAUUUGUAGUUUCCAUCACUUAGAUUUUACAAGUGGGAAGUACCAAAUCAUUCCACAUGUCAUGUGAUAUAAGUGUACUGCCAUGUGUAUGUUGGUUUUACAAAUACAGCAUUUUUUUUUAUUUCAA